AUGUCAAGGAGACACAAUCAACAACAGGGUGGUAUUAAUAUACCAGGUAUAAUUUUGGACGAGCUGAAGGAUCGUGACUACUCUAAUGAUGAUCGUUUCAAGCAGUCUAAAAAGAGAAACUCCACAAAGCAACUGGGCAGAAAGGAAAGAAGAAAGCAACAGAGAUCUGAGAAGAAGAACAAGAGAAUAAACCGUGGGAAUGAUAGUCUUGAUGAUGGCAUUCAAUCUAACAAGUCUUUAGACAAGACGAAAAAUAUACAUAAUCAUAAGGUGAAGACUAUAGUUAAAAAGACGAAACCCCAACCUAAGGAAAAGAAAAAGGAUGAAGAGUUACCAUUCUCAUCCGAUGAUGAACUAUCAGCUGGGGAUUUUGAAGAGUUUGAAGAAGGUGACCUUGAUGAAGAAGAACUGAGACAACUUCAGUCAUUAGAAGAAAAUGAAUCUGAGGGUGAUGAUAUCGAAUCAGACGAGAUUAUUUCCGAUAAUGAAGAUCAAUCUAGUGCAGAUGAAGCUGAUGUUAUGGACCAAUUGAAAAGAAUCAAAGAGAAGAAAACGUUUAAAAAGGAAGAUAUAACUGCGGAAGAAACUAUGGCUUUGUUAAAGUCCAAAAAAUCUAAGCAACAGAAGUUAAAUGCUAAAAAAAUAGAUUCUGAAACAGAAGAAAGUUAUCCUUUACCACCUUCCGAACGUAUGGCUAUGGAAAAGGAUGAAAUGGAUAUGCAAUAUUAUGCAAAGAAGUUGAAAUUAAAAAAAGGUAAAAAAACAAUUAGUGCCGCAGAUGAGUUUGAUGCUAUUGGGGGGUUACUGGAAGGUUUGGAUUUUGUCGACAAUUAUGGGGCUAGUGAUGAGGAAUAUGGUGAUUUUGCUUUUGAAAAUGACAAGUCUUCGGGGAGAACAACUACUCGAGACGAAGACAAGCCAUUUUCCUCGGAUGAUGAACUCUCUGAAGGUGAUUUUGAUGAGUUCAGUGACGGUGACCUAGAUGAAGACGAGUGGGAUCAAUUGAAGGAACUAGAAGAUGACGAAACAGAUGAAUCUGGAGAUGAAACAUCAGAAAGAAGUAAUGGCAACAAAACAAAAGAAAAUCCUUAUGUUGCACCAAAUUCUACUUCUACCGAUACCGGAUCAUAUAUUCCACCGUCACUGAGAAAGCAUCAAUUACAGAAAACUCGUGCGGAGUCUAGUGCUUCAAUUGAGAUUACAAAGAAGGUGAAAUCUAGUCUAAACAGACUGUCUGAGUCAAACAUUACGCAUAUUAUUAAAUCCCUAGAUGAAUUAUUUGAUUCAUAUCCACGACAAUAUGUCAUAGAGAUUAUAACAGAACAGUUAUUAGAGAUGGUUGUUCAAAAAAAUAAACUGCUCGAUACAUACAUUUUGAAUUUUGCUGCCGUCUCAUUUGCUAUUUUUAGACUAAGAGGUCUUGAAAUUGGUGCACAUUUCAUUCAGUCUACAGUUGAAUUGUUUCUUAAUCAAUUUAAGAAACAGAAAGAUGAAUUUGCAAAUAUGGAAUCGGAGGAUGCAGCUGUUUUACCAAAAGAAUCGCUAAAUAUUGUUACACUUUUAUCCUACACUUACGAUUUUGGGUUUAUAUCUUGUAAAUUACUCUAUGAUAUAAUUGAGAUGUUAGUUUCCGAACCAAAUGUCUUAACUACAGAACUAUUACUUAGAAUAGUAGCGGUAUCUGGUCAACAGAUUAGAGGUGACGAUCCAUUUGCUCUGAAACAAAUCAUGUCACAACUUUUGACCAACGUGAAAUUAAUUGAAAACCCAAGUCCAAGGUUGCAGUUCUUGAUGAGUACUAUGACUGACUUAAAGAAUAACAGAUUAAAACCUUCUGUCUUAGCCUCCGAUUUCCACCCAAUUAAGAAGGUCGUUGUAUCUACGUUUAAAGCAAUUUCAUCUGCUAUGGAACCUCUUCAGGUAUCAUUAAAGGAUAUUGAAAACGUCGAUACAACAGGUAAGUGGUGGCUUGUUGGUGCCUCCUGGAGAGGUAACAUGAACUCUGCACUUGAGGAGAAUACAGAUACGAAUGAAAAAAUCAGAAUAAAGGACGAUUUCUUAUUGGAAGAUGACUUAUUAGAUGAUAUUCCUGAUUGGACUCAAAUCGCAAAGGAAAAUAGAAUGAAUACUGAUAUUCGACGUGCAAUUUUCGUAAGUAUUAUGUCAGCUCAGGACUGUGUGGAUGCAUUCGAAAAUAUCGAAAAAUUAGGUUUGAAAAAUAAGCAAAUAUUAGAAGCACCGAGAGUCCUGUUAAAUUGUCUACUAGCUGAUAGCAAAGAGAAUGGAUAUAACCAAUAUUACUCUUUGGUGGCAAUGAAACUGUGUGAGCAGCAUCAUAAUUUGUUGAAGUCUUUCCAAUUUUUGUUUUGGGAUACCAUUCAAAAAUAUGAAGAUAAAGAAGAUUCUGAUUCUGAAGAUGAUAUGGAAGCCGAGAUUACAGAUGAAAAUGUCAGACUGAGAACUAUUGCAAACCAAGGUAAGUUUUUUGGAAAUCUACUGGGUCAAGGCAUUUUGAAGUUAGAUAUAUUCAAACACGUCCCAUUAAUAAGUGGUUUAACCGCGGAUGGUAAUUUAUUUAUAGAGGUAAUGAUAUAUCAGUUGUUCCAAACAAUUGCUAAACGAUCUGAAAUUACUAAGAAGAAAGAAGGAAAGAAAAUGUAUCAAUACAAAGACGAGAAUAUGGUUGCAUUAAUAAAUGGUAAUGUCAUGGGGGAGACCAAAGGUACUAUAUUGAGAGGGUUGAGGUGGUUUUUGAACAAUAAACUAAAAUAUGAGAAUUAUUUGGAUCCUGAUCAAAAAUCGAAAGCGUAUCUUAGAGAUACAAGAAGAAUAGAGUGGGCUCUUCCGAUGUUUAGUGAUUUAACAAAACAACUUGCGGAGGACGGUGACUAUUAA